AUGGCUGAACCGCUCUGGGCUGCAGCUGGUCCUUCCAGAUCGACCGCUGCAAGCUUCGCAGCCAUGCCAGCAGCCGCUGUCGUAACAAAGAAGAAGAAGAAAAGAGGUCGAUUCUCAGAUAGCAAUAAGGUCUCCAACACUGACGCAGAUGGUUCGUCCAUACCUUCCAUCAUCAACCCACCCUCACCCGAGCUAGUCCCACGACAUUCUUCGAGUGCAAGCAGUUGGGGAAUCCAAGAUCUUUCAGAUUCGGAUGGCGAUUACGAUUGGCCCACACCGUCCACUUCAGCCGCACAUCACACAAGUCCCGAUCUCGACCGAGAUGAGCUUACCAAGUUUGCCAGACCAGCCAAACGUGUUCAUCUCGAGACACCCGAGGAUCGACAUACCUAUGGAAAGUUAGCUGGCCUUCAGAUAGAUCCGACAUCAAUAGCUUCUUCUUCCAUGCCCAGCACCUCCUCUUUCGGCCGGUCGAAUGGUGCUAGAACCCAUAGCGGCCUUGCUGGAGCUUUUGGUCUAAGCUCGUCACUAGCCUCUGCGCUUGCAGCCAAUGCGGGUGGCAACAUUUUGGCACCUCGUGUACCUCCAUCUAGUCCAACCAAGGCUGAUGCUUUCUCCAACCCUUUCCAAGUCUCGGCUUCGACAAUAUACCAGCAAGCAAUUGCACCUGUUCCACCAACAUCGCCCAGCUUGGCGAAACGCGGCAUUGUUCCUCCCACUUGUCCACAACACAUGCACAGCUUCGACAUUCCAACCACCCCAUCCAAACAAGCCAACUCUGCUGAGCUUCAAGAUGCUGAGAUGCGCACCAGGCGCGGCAAUCCGACCAGCUUUGAAGUUGAGCCGGAUCGUAUUGUAGUCACCAGCCUAGAUGAUACUUCAUCCUCAGAAGGCGAUGCAUCUAGCCCAGCUGAACAAGGGCAAAAGACCCCGGACGCCGAUACUUUUACCGAAAGCAAGGAAAGCACCUCCGACUUUGUCAUCAACAACGAGCUCAUCGAGAAACUUGAAGCACAUAGCAGAGCCGUCCUCACUGGAACUUCGGAACGAGACAACGCUGCUUCGAAUUCGCGCUCAGGUGCUUCAGCCGGUCAGAGCCGCUCACGACGCUCCGGAAGAAGGUCUGGUGGAGCAUCGGGCAUCCCAAGCCUCGGUUCGCUUUUAAGCAGUCGUCGCCGAUCAGCACAAUCAAGCCCAGCAUCGUCCGGCUAUGCCUCACCCAUCAACGCUGAAGAUGCAAGAGGCGCCCUGAUUCUUUGGAAGGAUCCCGAAGAAGUUUUGAAGGCGACAUCUUCCGCCACAGCAUCCUCUUCUCCACUCAAGCAGCAGAGCGAUCUGGCUUUCGUACCCGAAGCUACCUCGACAACAGCCAACUUUAUGUCUCAGCCUCCAGUCUCGUUUCAAUCCGGAUCUGGCCAUGCAUCAUCUCACAGCAAUUACUUUGGCCGACCUGCACCAAGCAUGUCCGAGAUCCCUGGCAUGGCAGCCCUUGCCUCGCCUUGUCACGCAGCUGAAAGUCCUCUGUACGCACAGCAGUCGUCCUUGUCGAGCUCUUACUUUCCCGAUCCAUCGCCACUCGAGACUCGUUUCGCUCAGAAUGCUCCACAGUCAGUGUGGCACGCAAAUGGACCAAUGCAUUCUCCGUCCGCCGCUAUGAACCAACACCAGUACCAGCACGAGCCAGAGCAGCAUUAUGGGCAUCACUAUGGUGGAGCUCAUGCACCAGCAAUGGCUACUUCAUUCCAGCAUAUCAGCUCUUCGGCACAUCCGACCUCUGCUCAGAUCCAUGCUCACAAUCUCGGCGCACAGCCGAUCGAUCUGUCUGGCUGCUUCGGUCCAGCCGAAGAGAUGGACCUGGACAGCUGA